AUGGGUGGUGAAAAUUCAAAACAACCUGCAGAUCAUCCGGAGUCAUUCCAGGCCAUCGCCGCAAACUCCUGGCACAACAUGGGCUUCCGUCCGGGGCCGCAGGGCAUCGACGGGGCCGCCGCCGGGUUCCGGGACGUGCCGACCGUGCCGACCGUGCCGUGGAUCUUUUUUUGGGGAGCUGCAAAGGCUGCAUUGGCGAAAGGUGGCCAGGGAUGGUGUGGCGACCUCAGCUGUGGUGUUUCCAUUUUAGGUACAGCUCCAGGUGCUGCAAAAUCUGAGGAUGAUGACAUCGAAGAGGGACACUUGGAGGAGCACCUACAGUUCCUCCGGCGACGGAAGAUUUGCUGCAUGAUGUGGUUGGAGUCCAGUGGAGAAAUUGCUCUGACCCCUGGCCAUGGUAGACCCGAGCGAGCUGUCACACUGUCAGCGAUGAGGAGGAAACUUUUAGUCUUCCGAGGAGAUCGAAUGAGCUUCUCCUUCAAGCCAGAUGGCAGGUUUGCUGUGCUUCAGAGCUGGGUCCUGGAGCCUCCGGCCAAGUUCCAGAUAGGGAGACUGGAGGGCCAUCCCAUCAUGAAGGCAGAGGCGAUGGGAAUCUUGAGUGGAAGACCGCACCCUGAGGGCGACAGGGUUCAUGUGAUGAGCGCCAUGUGCCGCCUUCCUGGUAAUGGUUGCAGUCCAGACCAGUACUGGUCCAUGCUGUUGGAUGGAACCGAUGGCAUGCUGGCCAUCCCAAGUGCCAGGCCGCCACUGCGAUGGUGGGGCAGUGACUUGCACAUGACCAUGAUCAAGAAUUUCUGCCGGGCAAAUGCUAUGCCAUGCAUGGCGGCUUCGUUGCCUGUAUCUCAGAAUCACUGUGACACGGAGAAGCUCUGGGUGCAUUGGCAAUACUCCUUGGCAGCCAAGCGCGAUCAAGCGGGCUUUCUGGCAAAUGAGGACAUCUACGGCUUUGACAACUCUUUCUUUGACAUUCCCAAUGAAGAAGCAAUGUUCAUGUCACCCAGCCAGCGUGUGGUCAUGGAAGAUGGCUACACGGUCCUGUUCAGGGCAGGGCACACCAAGGAGAGUCUUCGGGGCCGAAGCGUGGGGGUCUUCCUGGGUGAUACCGGGAUUGGUGGCCCUUCAACCUCACAGAAUAUGAAGUCAGGAACAUCGAACCGUGAAGGGUGCGGCACCCAAGAUUCUCAGCUCUACGCAGUGGCUUCCGUGGAAGUGGUUCCGAAGAGCGAAAGGUUGACCUGGCCUCAAUCGAUUGGGGCAAAACUGAGGGUGGACUUUAAGGGCAGGAGCCCUGGUUUUCUGUACCUGAAGAAGGUCAUCGGCCAGGAUUCGCAAGCCAAAAGUACCUUUCAGCUGAGGCGGCACUUGAACUCCAGCCGUGCCGAAGCUCGUUUCUACCGAGAAUUCGCCGAAGUACUUCGUGCUCGGGGUGUUCCUGUGCUGCGAGCUCCUGUCAUCCAGGAACGCUUGUCUUGCCUAGAUGUAACAACAGAUUCAGGGGAAGAUGAGAUUUUGAGGAAGGGUGGCUUGGUGCUACUUCUGGAGUGCCCGGGUGAAAGCUAUACCCAAACUUCUCCAUUGACCUUGGAGCAAGCAACUGCCACCUUGCGUAUUCUGGCUGAUCUUCAUGCAGCUGGCUGGGAAGAUCAAGAGUUGCUCACUCAAGCCUCUAAGAAAUUGCAUUCCACCGGAGCCUAUUGGUCACUACAGUGGCGCGAAGUGGAAGAGAUCGAAAAGAUGAAACCGUUUUGGAAGUCUUACUUGCAAAACUUCGAGUCGUAUGCUCCGGACCUCUUGAGUCAGGAUCGCUUCCAACGGCUACCCGAACGCAUUUUGUCCGUGGCCGAGCGAGUGGCAGCAGAGCUCAAACCAAUGCCCAGUGAUGAAUUUGCCACCUUGAUCCACGGGGAUCCCAAGGCUAUGAACAUGUUCUUGCCAGAGAAUGCCUCCUCUGACAAAGUCUUACUGAUCGAUUUCCAGUGGACAGGCGUCGGCUUUGGUCUGAAAGAUGUGGCAAUGCAUUUGCCCCACUCAGUACAUACCUCUCACCUCCUCGAUGGUGGUGAAGAACGCCUUGUUCGGGUCUACUAUGACUUGUUGAUGAAUGCCUUGAAGAGGAAAGAUGCAACUGGUGAAUUAGGCAAGUCAUUCUCAUUUCAGUGGGCUUGGCACUUGUAUCGCUUUGCUUUUGUAGACUAUGCUCGCAUUGUGUUGUGCAAGUUUCUUGAGAAUGCUUCUCCAGAGACCUUCGAAUCAAAGGCGCACAGACCAAAUGUUGGUUUUGUGUACCGCAAUGUUGAAGCAUCCCUCCAUUUCGUGCAAAUGGUGGACCGUAUCCACACCUCAGCCCUGUCUGGAGCUCAUACCUCGGUCGUGCCAUGCCGCCUAUCUCAUGCUUUGGACCUGGUUGGCCCGUCCAACACAGCCGACACGGCAUGUUCGUCCUCACUGGUUGCGACAGGGGUCUGUUCCUCACGCUCCGACGUCGUGAUCGAGAAGCACGAGAAACAAGCAAGUGAUGGGCGCCCCAUGGCCGGAAGCGGCUGCGACCUCUCGGAACUCCACGCGCUCAUCCUGGAGCACCUCCUCGCUGCCCGCGUGCCGCAGGAGGUCCUCGCCACUGUGCAGCGCUCCCUUGAGGUCAACGGUCAGCCCAGCCGCCUGCUGCAGCGCUGCAAUGAUCCGAAGGAAGCGGCAAAAAGCGUCGUCAACUUGGAGGGUUUGGGGAAAAAUGAUGGGAAACAUGAGGUGAACACAGUGAAAACUGUUGAAACUGAAGGUGGCAAAUCUGAAAACCAAGGGUUUACAAGCCAAAAUGGAUACAAUGGAUGGAUGUUGGCAGCACUGGGGGUAUUUUUGCUGAGUAUGGUCUUUGCGCCUUGCGUGACGUACAGUGAGUGGUACAUUGAUGAACUGUUUGCAGCGGUACGAAAUGCCGAUGCCAGGGGAGAAACUCCUCUGCUGGAUCUAUUGCAACAUGAUUUUUGGGGCAAUUCGCUUGCAAGUGGAUGGACUCACAAGUCCUACCGCCCCUUGGUAGUGCUGUCCUAUGCUGCUCAAUAUUGGAUGAACGGAUGGGAUUUCAGACCGCAACCUUUGCGGACCUUGAAUGUUGCCUUGCACUCUACGAAUGCCUUGCUCCUUCUCUUCUUGAUGCGUCAGCUGCGUAUCUCCAAGAAAUUCGCCUUCUUGGCCGCUGGAUGUUUUGCAGUUCACCCCGUGCAUGCUGAGAACGUCAUUUACCUGGUGGGUCGAGCUGACUCUAUGGCGACAUGUUGCUGGUUGCUGGCCUUGUUGGUAUGGCUCUCAGGUAAAUCGCGAACUUUCGCAGCAAGGAUCUUGCGUAUAGGAUCCUUGCCAUUUCUGCUGAUCUUUGCCCUCACCUUUCUUGGCCGAAGCUGGAUCACCCAGGGGACCUCUGCAGGUUUCUCCUUCGUGGACACACCAGUUCAAUAUCGCAGCGAUCCGUGGCUACGACUCGCUACAUAUCUGUAUUUUCACGCCAAGUAUGCGCAGCUCAUGGUGUGGCCCUGGACCCUUUCCUGGGAUUAUUCCUACAAUGCCCUGCCAGAUUUGUCGAGCACCUGGCGUGACUUAAGGGUUUUAGCCAUUCUGAUGACCUACCUGGGGCUUUCUGCCUUGGCAUCUUGGACGAUCUCGCAGCGAAACCGAAGGGUUUUGAUUGGCCUCAGCAACAUCAUCAUUCCCUUCGUGCCAGCUUCCAAUCUCUUCUUCGUGGUUGGUGUCACUGUGGGCGAACGUUUGUUGUACCCUUGCAACGUGGGGGCCGCUCUGGUUCUAGCCGCAGCAGGGUCGUUUCCCAAAUCGAGCCGCUCCAAGGGUGGUUUUGGGGUGUUGGCUGCUACACUGCUGGUGACCUUCACGUGGCUUGGGGCACUGCGCACUUACCAAUGGUCCUCGCGGGAGUUGCUGUUUGGCGCAGAUGCCAAAAGCUAUCCACAAUCCACCAAGAACCGACAUCAGUUUGGGACUGUCCUGCACAAAAUGGAAAGAUAUAGCGAAGCCUUACAUCACUUCGAAGCUGCUGAGGCGAUCUUUGACGGCACUGGACUCACGCAGUAUUGCAUUGGUCAGAUCCUGCUGGAGACGGGGAGAGCCAAGGAAGCAGAAGAAAAGUUUGCGAAGAUCCUGUCAGGGCAUGCUUUGGGAUUUGGUUCCCACAACCUCUGGUCCCUCUACAUUGAUUAUGGUUUCUCUCUGGUGAUGAUGAAGCGCUUUGAAGAUGCCAUUCAACCCAUCAAGGAAGGUCUGAGACGCAACGAAGACGUGCCAUAUGGCCUUAACGCGCUUGGUUAUGCCUACAUUCACCUGGGGAUGAAUGAGGAAGCACGGGCAGCUUUCCAGCUGGCCAUGAAGUAUGAUCCGGAAAAUGCAUACCUGGAGAACAACCUUGGCAUUGCCAAACUGCUCCUGGGUGAACUCAAUGAGGGCGCCUUGCACGUGGCACAAGCCGCUAGAAUGGAACCCGCUGUGCCGGCCUUUGCGUACAACGUCAACUUGCUGAACGAAAUGGCAGAGACUCAGAGAUGGCCGCAAACCAAUUUCGCCUUGGAGUUGUAUUACAACAGAGGAGUUGUCAGCAAUCCCAUGGACUAUCGAGAUCACCGCCGAGUGCGAGGAGCGCUGGGCCGCUGGGCCCGGCGAUUCGGUGUGCCCAAACGGACAAACGGACAAACCACGCGACGUGGUGUGCGGGAUGCAGAUGGUGGCUAUCGAUAUGGUGGUCGGCUCUGGAAUGGGAACUUGAAGUUGAUUGGAUUGAGGAGAAGGUUGUGGACUGAUUUUUCUGAAAGUUCUUUGCUCAGAGACACGAUUUCUGCUUUCACAGAUGACCGCUCCAACCUUCAACCACCUGGUGAUCUCGAAAAGCCGCCUGCUGGGCUGAACAACCAGCGGGACUUGUCGAAAUCAUUGUGCAUGUGUCAGCUUUCUGCAACACUUUUGCGACUCAUGGCCUUCAAUCCCUCGGCGGGCGACGCUUCAGAGUUCCUGGCUGCUUUUCUUCGGAACACCGUUGGACACGUCCUGAUUGCAUGGCUGCGGUACUUUGACUCGGAUGAUGAUGGUGAUGGACAAGUGAGUUUGGAGGAGUUCACCACUGCACUCCGGAGGUUGAAUUUCAAAGGGGAUGCCGAGGUGAUGUUCAGACAGAUUGAUGCAGAUGAUUCGGGCUUUUUGACCCUCUAUGAGGUGGACGGCAAGUGUGCUGACUUGUGGGCCGCCUUUCGAGCCUGGUGCGCGGAAACCUUUGGCAGCCCCGAAGACAUGGUGGUGCAACUGCGGGGGAGUUUGGUGGAGCUGGGGCCUUCGGAAGGGGACAAAAGGGCCUUGCGGAAGCAGAAGGGUGCCGUUCCACCGGCUGAAUGCACUUUCAUCAGGGAGCAGUUCCUCGAAAACGCUCCACGACAUGGAUGGUUUGGUGGCUUCGAAGAUGCCAUUUUCACCUCCCUUGAUCGCAGAAAGACCGGGUAUGUGACUCAAGCUGACCUUCCAUGGUUCGAGAAGGCAAGAUCUCAACACAACAGACGGGUGCAGAUGAGACCCGCAGGGAACAGGAGCAGCAUGAUGAAUACAGCGCCUGGGGCGGCUGCGAAGAGGAACCCCAUGCAGGCCCUCUUGGCCUUCAUGAGUUUUUUGCGAAGCUGCAGCAUGGGAGGAAAUUUGAUGCAGACUUGGCGUAGCCUUCUGGAUCCCGAUGGCAUUCUCUAUGUCCAAAAGUCGGAUGUCCAAAGGGCCUGUGCCCAGGUGGGCUGGCGUGGGGACGUCUCCGUUCUGUGGAGUGCGCUGGAUGCAUCCAAUGGCCGGGCUGCCCUGGAAGAGUUUGGCUUUAAGGAGGCCCGAGCCCUGGCGCUGUUUCGCUCCUGGGCCUACGCGGCCGCUGGUGGCAUCCAGGAGAUCUGGCAACGGCUGCUGUCCUUGGAGCGCGGCUUCCAACGGCGCCGCCGCUCGCUGCUGCCGCAGCAACCGUUGGAUGCGUUGGAUCGCCAGGCCUUUGCCUUUGCGAUUGGAAGAAUCCAAGCACCAGGUAAGGCGCAGGUGGAGGAUCCCAACUAUUUAUUUUCCAUUUUGGACUGGGAGCCUCAUGGCAAGCUGCAAUACAAAGACCUGCGUUUUUUAGAGUUCUGGGAGCCAGUGAAAUGGUUGUCGGAGCAGCCGGACCUCAAUGUGGCGGCCAGCUUCAAAGAAACGGUGCUUUCCAAAUACGGCAACCAUCCGGUGAAGGCGUGGCGCCUCUGUCUGGACAUGGACGGCACGGGCAUCUGCCGCUGGGUGGCCUUCAACCAGGCCUGCGAACGGAUCCAGUGGAAGGGCAACUGCGCCAAGGCCUGGCUGGGCCUGGACAGGCAAUCGCUGGGCUUCAUCACCUUGCACAACAUCAAUGCUGAGGUGGCUGAGAAUUUGGCGCUCUUUCGGCGAUGGUGUUUUGCCACCUAUGGAGGGGUGGCCAUCGCCUUUCACGCGUUGGAUGCGGACGGUUCGGGAUCGCUGAGUGAGGAAGAAUUUGUGACGGUGAUUCAGAACUCCUCCUUUAAAGGUGAUGCUCUUGGCGCGUGGAACGCGUUGAACCUGGAGGGUAGCGACAUUCUGUCGGAACGGGAGAUGGAUUUUCUGGACGAUAUGGAAUUGGAUAUGCUGGCGGCCUAUGUGUCAGCCACUGAGGCCGCAGAACAACUUGAGGCAGAGAAGCACAAGGUUGAGCUGGAUCCGACUCGUCGUGCUUCCACGGUGUGCACGGAUCUUCGAAGGCAUUCCAUCAUCUCGCAGCCGCAGGGGUCAGAUGAUCCUUCGCUGCUACUGGCCACACCCGAGUCCAGAGUGGAGUUGUUGCAUAAUUUGGGCCUAAACCGAGAAUCAGAGGUUGGGAGCCAAAGCCUGGUUUCCUUGAUGACUCUUCCCAGUCUUGUGGAUUCAAAGUCUGUCAAGUUCGACGUUGAAACCCCUGCGAAGGGGUCCACAUCCCUUUCAAAGGCUCCAAAGAUGGAGGCCGUGAAAGCAACCUGUGUGGCCAAAGGAAAGCUCUAUGCGGGAGGGAGUGUGACCAGAGACAGCUACCUGAAAUGUGGAGCUGUCGAGGCACCUGGCAUGUACAUAGUUUCGGCUGCGAAAGGAGCCAGUGCAUCGGAAGUGGACAUGUACGAUCAGCUGUCCUGCGUCUUGGGCUGUUGCAUCAACCAGGAUGGAAGAAGUGCCAGCAUGACGGCUCCCAAUGGCCCAUCGCAGCAAGCUUGCAUCCUGCAAUCCAUGCGAGAGGCAGGAAAUAAGGCUCGAGAUAUCAAUCUGGCAGAAUGCCAUGGCACAGGCACAGCCUUGGGCGACCCCAUUGAGGUGGGAGCUCUGAAGAAUGUCAUGGACCCUCGAGACACCACCUUGGCCCUCACAAGCUCAAAGUCAAACAUUGGGCAUUUAGAGGGCAGUGCUGGGAUCGCCGGUUUCUUGAAAUGUGUGUCGAUGCUGAUGGCAGGAACAUGCCCGCCGAAUGCUCAUUGCUAUCAGCCCGGACGCCUAAAAAAGGCUGACGUGGCCAAGGCCGGGGAAGAUCUUCAAGCUUACUUGGAGCGGAAACAUGCAGAGAGCCUCGCCGAGACUGCCUUUUCAUGGAAUCCCCCCUACAUGGAUCCCCGCAACGUGACGCUUCGCAGUGCAACUGCUACGACGGAUACAUUGGAUACAUCCAAAGAAGGCGGCGAAGGCGGCCUGGAGGACAGCACGGAGCUUCAACAGUUGGAACUGCCCGAGGAGUCGGGGCCAGUUGCGCGUGCUACGCACCAUACUGAGAUCGAAGUCAACAGUUGCAGCUCGGAGGAAGUUUGCGCAUGUUGGUGGGAGAAAACCAAUAAGCGGCCAAAACGCAAGAUCAGCCGCGCAGUGACGGGCUUGGCAGUUGGAGCCAUCGUCUUCUGCGUUGGCGAUCAUGAAACGGCUGUGUUUUCUUUGUUCGUGCUGUCUUUACCGCUUUCCGUGUCCAACGAUGGGGAUUUCUCGGAACGCAAGGUGACCUAUCUUGAGAUCCUCACGGAUUUGCUACGGUUUGGCGGAUGUUGCCUGAAUGACUUGAUCAGGGUGAAUGCUCAUGCUGUCGACAGUGGUCUCAACAGCGCUUUAACCGGCGUCUCGUCCUUUGGCUUUGGUGGAACCAACGGCCGCUGCGACAUCUGGGGUGCUGCCAGGUUUGGCCCCAAUAAGUGCGGCAAAGUUCUUGAGGCGGAAGUGGACCAGAUUUAUACUUUAUGUCCAAUCACAUUGGGUAAGAUCGAUUAUUUGACUGGCGAACCCUUGUCGCGGCGGCUAGCUGCUUUGCACAGGGGGAAGAGGAAAGCAGACGUUCUUCGCGAUGAACUGGCGCGAUAUGAUGUGUCAAGGGACGCCUACGACGGCGGCUUCAGAUAUCGCCCGAGCUCGGACGUGGCCGAUGAGGAACUGCCGUACCUUGGACUGGACUCAGCUGGCACCCAGCUGCCGUUGCCGCUGUGGGAUGGUAAGGAGAUGGAUCGUGAUGGUGACAACUUGUUCUCUUGCAUCAUCACCUUGAGCCAAGAAAGGUACGAACUCUUUGACAUCUGCAUUGAUCAGAAGGACGAGUACUGCUUCUUCCCUGCCACCGACCGUGCUGGGCAGCUCAUUGCUGUGGAGGGCCCUUCUGUCGGAGACCCCAGCAGACUGUGCGGAUGA